AUGGAUACCCAUAUGCUUUAUUGCAAGGAAGUAAUAAAAGAAGCUGCCAUUCUGAAGAAACACAACCUUUUUGAGGACAACGUAAACCUGCCUUAUGAAAGUGUGUCCAGUUUAACUGACUUGAAGACCCCUUCAGGAUCAGCACAAGCCAGUCCUGCUAAGCAACUGUCCACCACUUUAACAGAAACAUCAGAUACUGAAACUCAAAGUAAUGAACUGCUUGUUGUGUCAGAAAAAAUGAUCCAGGAGAAGUCUCAUGAUGCUGCAAAGCCAUCAGACAAUGAAGAAGCAGUUUAUGUCAAUGUGUCUAGCAAUCCUGCAAUUAGUAGAGAAAAGGUGAUCAUUACAGACAUCACUGACAAACCGGCAUCUCAUCCUUUUACUCCUAACGAAGAAAAGGAUGUGGAGGCAGUGAUAACUUCCCAGAAUGAAAAUGCGGUGGAGACAGAGUUUGGAGGAAACACUGAAAAAGAAAAUAAGGUACAAGAAGAGGAGAGAAGUCUUACAGUCCCUGGUACUGUGAAUGAGAUCAGAAGCUUGCUGAUGGUGACAAUUGAAUUACCAGCAGUUGCUCCAUCUGACAACAAAAAGGAAAUGGCAAAUGAAUAUGAAAUUUCGAAGUGGCAGGAACAUGGUGAAGAGAGUGAUGAAAACAGCAAAACUAAUGCAGAAAUUGGUAAAACAGACCAGGUAGUGAAUAAAGAAGUAGAACAUUCUGAGCUCAAGGUGGAGCAGCCACCUCCUUCCAGUUUUGGUACAGGCGAUAUGAAUUUAAUGAUCUUUUCAGAGGCAGGCAACCAUGUGACUCAAGCAGAAUGUUUGGAGGUCUCUGAAAAACUGGAUGUGUCUCAAGAGUCAGAGGCAGAAAUGGAGACUAACCAAAGUGUCUGGUAUACUGGUCUGGAAAGCUGCAAAAGUCUUCAUGACAAAUUGCAACCAGAGGCACACACCGAAAGCAUAGUUGGAGACAGAAGAUCUGAUCUGGAGGAAGCAGGUGAAGAUCACAUUCAUGCUGUCCCACUGGAAACAGAGGCUGAGAGCUUUCCUGGGUAUUCUGCUGAAAGUCCUGAUGCAACACAAGUACCCAUUCUAAGUAUUGAAAACUUAAGAAUAGAAACAACUGAUGAUUUUCAGGUUUCGCUAGUGCUAGAGGAAGAUGAGCUUAGCAUGGCAGAGGUUACAGUGGAUAUUAAAUCUGAAAGCUUUACUGUUACUGCAAGUGAUGAGUGUCAGCCAGCAGGUGCACCUUCUCUAUGUGCUGAAAUCACAAGCUCAGUAGGAAGUGAAACUGUCACACAAGAAAACAGUGAGGAGAGUUGUACAGAGCAGCACUCUGAAGAGUAAAAAGUGUUCUUCAGAAAUAUACAGCUCAAUCCUGCAGCCUUACUCUCUCCACCAGUUCUCUUGAAGUCAGGAAUAUUCACAUGAGUAAAGACUGCAGGAAUGGGCCUAAUUGCAGCGUUGCCAACUCUUGCAGUUUUAGCACAAGUUUUGCAGUACUUGGAGGGUUUUAUUACAGGCCCAGUUGCUGGAAUCAGGUUAUUACCUGCAAAUUUCAGCUUUUAUUUAAAAAAAAAAAAAGUUGAUUUCUAGUCCUUGCGGAGAAAAGCUUGAAAGCGUGACUCCCUAAAUGCUUGAACACCUCAAGGCAAAUAAAAAGAACCAAAAAUUUAUUUUUAAAUCUCACAGAUUUUAAGAUAACUUCAUGUUUUUUGGGGGGCCAACUCAUGUUUUUUGAAUGGUUGGGACUGGCAAUAUUACAACAGCUCUUAGCUGAAAUUAGUCAAUCAAAAUGCUAUUAAAUGAAUUCAUUUAGGAUCUGCAUU